AUGCACCGACCGACCGACCAACCAACGACUCAUUCAUACCUACCCGAUUAUGCACCGUCGCCCACCCCUGACGCCAACCUCGGCGGAGACGACGGCACAGCAUCCUCCCCAUCCUCCUCGGGUCCGCUCUCCACCGGCACAAUCGUCGGCAUCGUAACAGGCAGCGUCGUCGCCGCCGCCGGCAUCGUCGGCGCGGUCUUCAAAUGCCUCUCGUACCGACAUAAGAAAAAGCAAGCCUCAUUGAUCUGCCACCGCGGCGGAAACCCAGCAGCCACGAACACCCACAACCAAUUAGUUCAGUGGCAGCCCGCAUGGCAAGGCAUGCCGGCCGGGGCACUCACAGGCAACGCCGACGCGCGCGCCACGUACAAGAGGAAGGAAUUCGCGUUCGCGGGGGUAAGGCGCGUUAAGGAGACGUUCGAGCUCACGAGGCAGCCGACACCCGUGCCCACACCCACACCAGCACGGCCUGCCAGCGCGGUUCUGGGUAGAGGGAGGCAACCAGGGCGGAUUAUGGAGGAGGUGUGA